UUGAAUUUCAUUUCCUGUUUGGCCAGCGUGGAGCGCUCACCAGCACAGGUGACCAUGCAGAGCUCAUCAGCACAGGUAACAAUGCAGUCUCCUGAGAAUCGAAAAAGAGCUCCAGCAUGGACCGCACGGGUGGUACUGGAUCUGAUUGCUAUAUGGGGAGAGGAUUCUGUGCUAACAGAACUCCGUUCCAAAAGACGAAAUGAAAAAACAUUUGAAAAAAUUUCCAAGGUCAUGAUGCAGAGAGGCCACACCAGGGACUCAGUACAGUGCCGUGUGAAAGUUAAGGAGCUCAGACAAGCCCACCCAAAAACCAAAGAAGCAAAUGGAAGGUCCGGGGCAUGGCCGAAAACAUGCCGCUUCUACGCUGAGCUGCAUGCAAUUCUAGGGGGGUCCGCCACCACUACCCCACCCCUGUCAGUGGAUUCUGAGGUGAGGGUGGUAAUCUCAGUCAUGCCUGAGGAUUCUGUGGAAGGGGAAGAUGAGGAGGAGGAAGAGGAGGAUGAGCUUGCAGACAGCACACAGCACUCCGUUCUCCCCAACAGCCAGGAGCUUUUUCUCACCCAGACAGAAUUACUCUCCCAGCCCUCCCAAGCCACUGGCCCAGACAAUGAAGCCAUGGAAGUGACCUCUGCUGCAAAUUUUUCAAGCCUCCCUACUCCAUCCCAAAGGCUAUCUCAGAUAAGGCAGCGGAAAAAAAAGACGCAAGAUGAAAUGUUCUCGGAAAUCAUGGAAGUGACCCGCAAUGAAAGAGCUCAUCUGAAUGAGUGGAAGGAUGUGGUAUCAAAUUACAGGAAAGAUGCCAGUGAAUGUGAGGACAGGAGGGACCAAAGUGAGGACAGAAGGGACGCUCGAGAUGAGAGGUGGUGCCAGGAAGAUCAGUGGUGCAGGCAGGAAGAUCAGCGGUGGCAGGAUGCAACGCUGGGGCUGCUGUGUGAUCAAACUGACAUCCUCUGACGUCUGGUGGACCUUCAGGAACAGCAGCAGGAUGACAGAGUUCCACUGCAGCCACUGUGCAACCACCCUCACCAUGUUCCAUAUCCACCUCACCCAGAUGUGUAAGAACGUGUGGGGGAAGGCUUCGUGCAUCCGCCCACUCCACCCCUGUGGACAGCCCAACCAAAAGGCUGUCAUUACUUUGAAAUUUUUUUAGUGGUCUUUUCCUUCCCUCCUAUCCUCCUUCCAAACAACACCCGGGAUACCUUGUCAGUUC